AAUUCAACAAUAACAGCUGUGCUAUAAAGUAUAAGAUGACAAUUAUUUUAAUACUAUAAUCUGCGCUACUGUACUACAAUUUGUAUAUAGUCAGUCACUAUUUUUUUUUUUUUAUAGUCACAAGUCACAUAGUUACUUGUCAGUUGUCAGUAAUCGGCGCCAAUCAGUUCGGUAUGGCACUACGUCAGUGUUCACUACUCUGUAUGGAUCCACGUAAAUUAUAAUAUACUGUUCAUUAAUUUAUGCUCUUAGGUAUUCAGUAUUUACUAUUUGAUAUUUAUUUGUUAUUGAAAACUAAACUACAUCAUGUGUAAAGUUCUUUAAUACAUUUUAAACUUAUUAUGUGAAUCUUUAAAUCACUCGUCAUGUCACACUAAUAAUUAAUUUUUAAUUUCUUUCUUUUUUCUUCUCAAUGUGUGUUUGCGAUUGAAUUAAGUACGUCGACAUAGUUUAAUUUUGAUAUUGUGGAAUUUCGUGUUUAUAUUGAUAUGGACAAGAAAUUUAUUGAACUAGAUGACAAUGUACUGGAUCAAAUUCUCAAGUCGGAAACCGACUUACGUAAUUAUUCUCAGCAAGUAGAAUCUGAUUUGAAAUAUCAUGAAAAUCUCGAUGUGGAAAAAUAUAUUAAGUCUGGAGAUCAAAUAGUGACAUUACAUAAACAUUUGAAUCAUUGUGAAAAUGUAUUGGAACACACAGAAUCAGUAUUGUAUACCUUUCAAGAGGAAUUGCAAAAUAUAACAAAUGAAAUUACUAGGUUACAGCAGAGAUCAAUAUUUAUGGCUCAACAACUAUGUAAUAGACAGUCCUUCAAAGGACUCAUGCAUCAAUUUAUAGAAGAUGUAAUUGUAUCUGAAACACUCAUAUCAGUCAUAACUACAUGUUCAGUGACAGAUGAAAAGUUUUCAACACAUUUAUCUGUAUUGAAUUACAAAAUAUUGUUUGUUGAUGAACAGAAUUUCAAAGAUAUAAAAUCACAAAACGAUGUCAAAGAUGUGUAUGAAAAAUUGAAAAUUACGGCUACUUCAAAAAUUAGGCAUUUCAUUAUGGAACAGAUAAAUAAAUUUAAGAAACCUACUACAAAUUAUCAUAUACCUCAAAACACCUUAUUUGAGUAUAAAUUUCUGUUUGAGUUCUUGCUCAAUCAUGAUUCAAUAUCUGCUCAAGAAAUAUAUAAUGACUAUGUUGAUGCUUUGAGUAAAGUUUAUUUUACUUAUUUUAAAUCAUACUUGAGUUAUUUACAGAAAUUACAAUUUGAAGAAGCAGCUACAAAGGAUGAUUUGUUAGCAGUAGAAGAUCCAACAUCACGUACUCUUUUUCAAAAAUCAAUCAAAAAAAAUACUGUUUUUACCAUCGGAAACAGAGCAUCUGUUCUUAAUGAAAUAGAUAAUUCAAUUAUCAUACCACAUCAAAAUAAUUUGACCAAUUUAUCAUUUGAGGCAAUAUUUAGAUCAGUCCAGUAUGCUCUUGUAGAUAACGCUUGUCGAGAAUAUAAAUUUGAUUGUGAGUUUUUUAAAGUUGAUCAGCCUACUGCCCAGGGACUAUUUUCUCAAAUUAUGGGUAAAACUCUUGGACUUUUAAUUAAACAUUUAGAAAAUUUUGUUGAAAACUGUUAUGAUGCAUUGGCACUUUUUUUAUGUGGCCAGUUAAGUAUGCGUUAUCAAGCUCUUUGUCAAAAUCGUUUAGUUCCUGUACUGGCACAAUAUUGGGAUACAAUUCUUGCUAUGAUUGGAACUAGAUUUCGAUUUAUACUUAAACGACAUAUUCAAAGUGUUAAAGAUUAUGAUAUUUCCAAGUUUAACAAAGAAAAGAAACCCCACUUUAUUAUGAGACGAUAUGCUGAACUUGUGUCAGCUAUAGUUUCAUUCAGUGAAAAUAAUAAAUGUGAACCUGAAUUAAUUUGUAGCCUAACUGAAGAAGUUUUAGGGUUUGUUUUACGUCUCGCCACUAUGUUUAGAACUCGUAAAGAUCGUUUAAUAUUUUUAAUUAAUAAUUAUGAUUUAGUAUUGAGAAUACUAAUGGAACGUGUUAGAGAUAGUACAUUUGAAGUGGAUAGAUUUAAAGAAGAGCUUUCAGCAAGAAGUAAAGAUUAUGUUGAUGAAGUACUUCAAGUAUAUUUUGGCGGAAUGAUGAAGUUUGUUACAGAUGCAGAAAAUGGCCAAGAUAUUGAUUCAGAUUCAAGGCAAUUAGGAUUGGCUAAGACAUUUACAUCUACCUGGAAGAUGUCUUUAGAAGAAAUAAAUAAAGAAAUAUUACCUUCAUUUCCUAAUCUAACGACUGGUGCUUCUCUUUUACAAUUAGCAUUUUCACAGUUAAUUGAUUAUUAUCAUAAAUUUCAAAAAGCUUUAUUAGCUCCAAACAAAGCACAGUUACCUAAUAUACACGUUAUAAUGAUAGAGAUUAAAAAAUAUAAAACUAAUUACUAAGCUUUCAUAGUUUUUUUAAUUACAUAAUAUAAUAUUGAUAUUGUCUUAUUCUAACAAACAUUUGCUAAAUUUGUCUUAUUUUUAGUAAUUUGUACAUUUUUUCUAUAUUAAAUUAUGCCA